AUCUUUCUAGUCUUAUGUAGAAUCUUGAAGCUUCUCUGUUUUUCUUCAAUCUCUUUGGUUUUAAUCUACAGGUAACCUAAAUGGCUAAUGUUCCGAAGAUCGGAAAGGCUGUUUAUAAAGGACCAAGCGUAGUUAAAGAGAUCAUAUAUGGAAUAACACUAGGCCUUGCGGUUGGAGGGCUGUGGAAAAUGCAUCAUUGGAACAACCAAAGACGAACGAAGGAGUUCUAUGAUUUACUCGAGAAGGGAGAAAUCAGUGUUGUCGUCGAAGAUGAGUAGUUUUCGUGAAUUUGUCAUCUUUGGAAUUGAAGAUCAAGAACCAAAAGGAAUGUGUCGUGGCUUGUGUGAGGUAUGAUUUCAAUUGUUUUGUUUGAAUAAAUUUUAGAACAAUGAGAGUUUACAAGAUAUCUUUAAUGGUUAGUGUUUUGUUGAUGAAGGAUAUAUUGUAAUCAGUUUGCAAAAGCUAUGUUUGUACUGCUACCGAGUACAUAACUCA